UACUUACACAUGUCUAUCGUCUUACCGGUUGGUGACCUGCGUUUUAAUUUUCACAUUUUUAUUCUUUCCACUAAAUAAAUCCUAAAAUGGUGUCCCUAAACCCAAUUAGAAUUCUUAAAAAUGAGGCGGAAGAGGAGAAAGCGGAGGUUGCUCGUAUGUCGAGUUUUAUCGGAGCCAUCGCCAUUGGUGAUCUUGUGAAAAGCACCCUUGGACCUAAAGGAAUGGAUAAGAUUUUGGUGUCUUGUGGCAGAAACGCUGGUCAGGUUGAAGUCACAAAUGACGGUGCCACAAUUCUGAAAUCGGUCGGCGUUGAUAAUCCAGCUGCCAAGAUCUUGGUGGAUAUGUCCAAAGUUCAAGAUGAUGAAGUUGGAGAUGGUACCACAUCUGUCACAGUUUUAGCUGCAGAGCUCCUUCGUGAAGCUGAGAAACUUGUAGAACAGAAACUUCACCCCCAGAUAAUUAUAUCUGGUUGGAGAAUUGCAGUAGAUGCAGCAAAACAGGCUCUGUCAGAUGCUAGCUUUGACCAUGAGACAAAUCUGAAUGAGGCAGCACUGCGCUCAGAUCUGGAAAACAUUGCUCGCACCACGCUCAGCUCUAAGAUACUUUCUAAUCACAAAGAGCACUUCACAAAGUUAGCUGUGGAUGCAGUGUUAAGACUGAAAGGUUCUGGUAACUUAAAAGCUAUCCAGGUUAUAAAAAUUGCUGGUGGUCUUCUUGAGGAAUCAUUCUUAGAUGAAGGGUUCCUUUUGAAUAAGAAGGUAGGAGUACACCAGCCUAAACGUGUAGAAAAUGCCAACAUCCUCAUUGCCAAUACUCCCAUGGACACAGACAAGAUUAAGGUGUUCGGUUCCACUAUCAAAGUAGACUCUAUGGCCAAGAUCGCAGAGCUUGAAGUGGCAGAGAAAGAGAAGAUGAAAGACAAAGUCAACAAAAUACUGGGUCACAAAUGCAAUGUUUUUAUAAAUAGGCAACUAAUCUAUAACUAUCCUGAGCAACUUUUUGCGGACGCUGGCGUAAUGGCCAUCGAGCAUGCGGACUUCGACGGCAUUGAGCGGCUGGCGCUCGUCACGGGAGGAGAAAUAGUCUCUACAUUCGACUCGCCUGACAAGGUCAAGCUGGGACACUGCAAGUUGAUUGAACAGGUGUUGAUCGGUGAAGAGAGUCUCAUCCGAUUCUCUGGCGUGGAGUUAGGCGAGGCGUGUACGAUCGUGAUCCGUGGUGCGACUCAGCAGGUUAUCGACGAGGCCGAGCGCUCGCUGCACGAUGCUCUCUGCGUGCUAGCCGCCACUGUGCGCGAGCCUAAAAUUAUUUACGGAGGAGGUGCCAGCGAGAUGCUGAUGGCGGAGGCGGUGUCGCGUGUGGCGGCGCGGACGCCCGGCAAGGAAGCAGCGGCGGCUGAGGCCUUCGCCGUGGCGCUGCGCCGCCUGCCCGCCGCCGUGGCCGACAACGCGGGCUACGACAGCGCCGAGCUCAUCGCCAGGCUGCGAGCGGCACACGCGCAGGGGGAACUCACCAUGGGGCUCGACAUGGAGAACGGUCGUGUUGGUGAUAUGAAGAAACUGGGCAUCACAGAGUCGUACGUAGUAAAGCGGCAAGUGCUAUUAUCCGCAGCAGAAGCGGCCGAGAUGAUCCUGCGUGUAGACAACAUCCUGAAGGCCGCACCGCGUCGCCGCGGCCGGGACAACCGCCCCUGCUAAAUAGAUAGGCUCUACUGAAAGCUUAAGGGUGGCUGUAAUCAAAAAGAAAAAAACUUUUUAAGUAAGAAACUACUUUGAUGCAUAUGUGUUUCUUGUUACAUUCAUACAGUAUUAAAACAUAGUAAACUAAAUGGUAGCAACGUAUCGGUGAUGCCGCUAAAGAGGGCCGUUGUUAUGCACUAAAUAUAUAACAUGGUGAAAGUGACGGGUUGCAGAAAACGAAGAUAGUGGAUUCAUGAGUAACAAAAUUGACAUUCAUAUUUGAAAAUCACAGGAAAUUUCUCCUGGAAACGCAAGCUGAUUAUUUUUUGUUUUGAAAUUACUUUUUCGCUACGCAAUGUAUUAUUAACAACGCGAUCGUAUCGCUGCGCAGUGCGCUGUUGCGCGUCCGUGUAGCGGCGCAGGCGGCAGCGGACCACACGUAUUACGUUGUACCUUGCCAAGUUUACGUUUUAUGCAAUUGUGAAUGUUUUUAACUUUAAAAAGUUUACGUAAAAAAAAAUUGACUAAUGGAAAAAAAAUCGGAAAAUUUUUGGAAUUUUCAAUUGGAAGAAAAUUCCAAUGAUUUUCAAAUAAGAAUCAUGGUCUGAAUCCACCUUGUUCGUUUUCGGCAACCUGUAACUUCCACCCUGUGUACGUCACUGGCGUAGCGUUCGUUACUAUGUUCUCGAAUGAUCUAUAUUUCCACAGUACAUCGUGAAGUGUACGCUAUAAGUUUAUUUAUUCCUAUUGUUAGUGGCACAUGUACAUUAUACUGACGCAUCC